AUGAGUGUUCACUCGCUCGACUAUGCGCAAACCGGCGCCAUGCGACUAGAACCCCUCCCUAAUCUCGACCUCGAAGCCGGCCACCCGGCCCCCGCAACCCCCAACUCGGGGAUCUCCCCGACAAGGAGGGAUGAGUCCAUGGUGGACGGGUUCACGACUGCCGCCGCGAGAGUCAACUCCGCCGACACCGUGGCAACGAAACGUCGCACGCGACGAUCGAACACAGCCCGCUCCUAUCGACCAGAGGGAUUUACACAGGAGUCGACUUGGCAACCUGGUACCGAACCUGGCAUUGAUCCAACGAAACCCUUGCCACUAUAUAGCUCGGAAUGGGCAUCCAACGUACCCCUCGACCUACAUCGACAGUGUGAAAUUACCGUGGUGGAUUUUUCGCAGCAUGAAAUGCGACAGUACUCGUUGGACAAUGAGACACUGGAGCAGUUUGUCGCGCGGGAGCGAGAACCAUGGGUACAAUGUCGUUGGAUUAAUGUGAACGGAUUAAGCUGGGAUGUGAUCAAAAUCCUUGGAAAUCAUAAGGGGCUACAUCGGCUAGCAAUCGAGGAUUUAGUUCAUACAACAAAUCGGACCAAAGCAGACUGGUAUUCCGAUCAUGCAUUCGUUGUGUUGACGUUACAGAAAUUGGUCAAAUUACAAGAGGAGAAAGAUGACUCUGAUGACGAGGAUAUGCCCGAUCGCAACUUCAAGGAAAGAACCAACUCUGUCGUCAGCGAAAAGAGCUCGGUUUCCAUCAAAAGAGCAACUAAGCGGCGCGUGGUUUGGGAUGCUCUCAAGGAUAUCUUUAGAUCCAAACGACCUUCAAGUCGGGACGGCGAAGAAAAACAAACAGUCGGAGCUAGCGUCCGCCCUGGACCACGCAGGGAAUCCUCCAAACACACAUCUCAAUUUGGUGACCUUUCUGAUCCUAAAAAAGCCCCUGCUAAGACCCUACAGCGAUAUCGGGGAGGUCCAAACGAAGGCCGAAUCGAGUUCAUGGAGCGCCACGCUGCGUUGGCAGCGAAAAACCUAUGCGUGACUCUAGAGCAAGUUUCAAUCUUUUUGCACGCCGAUAACACCGUUACGUCCUUUUUUGAAACAAGCGCCGAUGAUAUAGAAGCUCCAAUUGUUCGGCGAUUGAGCUCACCAGAGACCAUUCUGCGACAGUCAUGCGAUGCCAGUAUGCUUCUUCAAGCUAUCCUAGAUGCUGUAAUUGAUCUUGCCAUCCCGGUAACCAUGGCAUACCAAGAUGCUAUCGGUGAUCUGGAGCUGGAUGUUUUAACUGACCCAGAUGUCGACCAAUCGAAGAGUUUAUACAUUCUUACUUCAGAGAUUGCAGUUCUUCGGAAUGCAAUGCAGCCUAUUGUCGCUGUUAUAAAUGCGCUGCGCGAUCACCGAUCUCAGCCUGUUGGCACACCUGGCCUUGGAGUCGUUCGUCACAGCCCUCAGACUCAAUUUGAUCCCAUAGACGAUCACAUAGACGGCCAUCCUCAAUUAGGAGUCGCGUCGCCGAAUUUGAAGAGCGCUGGAGGCUCAACUGUGACCAUAAGCACCAUGUGCCAUACGUACCUGGGCGAUGCGUUGGAUCAUUGUAUAACAAUUGUUGAAGGCUACGACCAAAUGCGCCGUGCUGCCGACAACAUGAUUGAUCUCAUUUUCAACACAAUUGGUGCCUACCAAAACGAAAGCAUGAAGCAGCUGACCCUUGUAACUUGCUUAUAUCUCCCUAUGACCUUCUUGACUGGAUACUUCGGAAUGAACUUCAAUUUCUUGUCUGGUUUAAACAAUGGUGAUUCCUAUUUUUGGAGAAUCGCCAUACCCUUUGUUUUUGUAACAACUUGCCUACUGAUGCGUGAUAAAAUACAACGUUACGCUGUCAUGCUUGCUCAGAAGCGUCUCAUCACAAGCUCAAAGAAAAAGAAUCAGGAGCAGAAACGGAGAUGA